CCCAUAUAUAACCACCGCUUCAAACACCAUCAUCUUCUCACAAUCUUUUACAUACAUAUGUAUACGUAUAUUUCCAAGAUUCUUCCUCCAUCUUCCCCACUUUGAUUCGUCGUUCUAAAAAGUAACGAAAAGGAGAACCCUUUUCCGUUCAUUUCUUCCUCUUUCUAUCUCUCUUUUUGUAUAAAUUAAACCCGCCUCUUGCUUUGCUUUGGAUUCUCUAUUCUCAUGUUCUUCAUUGAGGAUAUAUUGCCGCUGUUCCGACUUGAUCGUUUUGGAUCAAACAGUACGCUUUUCCGAGAGUCCUUUUCGCAAACGAUAAUCGAUUCAAUGAGCAACACAAGCUGCCAAUCCUCUGAGCUAGAGGCUUGUCGUGAUGAACCAGCGGCGUUGCAGUUAAAGCUCAUAGCCAUAGCCUCGAUCCUCCUCGCCGGAGUAGUCGGCGUCGGUAUCCCACUCAUCGGCAAGCACCGUAAGUUCCUCCGUACAGACGGUAGCCUCUUCGUCUCCGCAAAGGCCUUCGCGGCCGGCGUGAUCCUCGCCACCGGCUUCGUCCACAUGCUUGCUGGUGGUACCAAAGCUCUCACGGAUCCUUGCUUGCCAAAAUUCCCUUGGUCCAAAUUCCCAUUCCCUGGUUUCUUCGCGAUGAUUGCAUCUUUAGUCACUCUGCUUGUUGAUUUUAUGGGGACUCAGUACUAUGAGAGGAAACAAGGUAUUGGUCGAGCAAGUACUGAAGAACAGGCUCGGGUCGGAUCGUUGGAUCCGGAUUCAGACACCGGGAUUGUACUAGUUGUGGAUAACAAGGAUGGAGCUAGGAAAGUUUUUGGGGAAGAAGAGGGUGGGGGAAUGCACAUCGUGGGGAUGCAUGCGCAUGCAGCACAUCACAGGCAUAGUCAUCCACAUGGACAAGAUGGAUGUGAUGGAUUGCUAAAGAAGCGUCCACAUGAUCAUGAUGAUGGACAUGGACAUGGACAUGGUCAUGGUCAUGGUCAUGGGGACGAUGAUAGUAGCGUAAGGCACGUCGUGGUUUCCCAGAUUUUGGAGCUUGGAAUUGUUUCGCACUCGGUCAUCAUAGGCCUAUCACUGGGUGUUUCCCAGAGUCCAUGCACAAUAAGACCUCUAAUCGCGGCAUUAUCGUUUCAUCAAUUCUUUGAAGGAUUUGCCCUCGGAGGCUGCAUCGCCCAAGCACAAUUCAAAAACCUAUCAGCCACAAUCAUGGCAUGUUUCUUCGCCACAACGACUCCGGCCGGAAUCGGCAUCGGGAUUGGCGUCGCUUCGUUCUACAACCCUUACAGCCCGGCAGCUCUGGUUACCGAAGGCAUCCUAGACUCUUUGUCAGCCGGCAUCCUAGUUUACAUGGCAUUAGUGGAUCUAAUUGCUGCUGAUUUUCUGAGUAAGAGGAUGAGCUGCAAUUUUAGACUUCAAGUAGUAUCUUACUUCAUGCUGUUCCUAGGAGCUGGUUUGAUGGCUGCCCUUGCCAUCUGGGCCUAAAAGAAGUAACUACAGAGAAGACUGUUGUUUAUUAGUUCUUUCAUUUGGGCAUUUAGUGUUGCAAUUCAA